AUGCGGCGCGCUGCAAGUUACCGUUUUGGGUGUGAACUUUUUUUUUUUAUGGUGGUCAACGGAUACCACCAUAAACUGAGCCAGCGUCUGAGCCAGCGUCUGAGCCGAUCAGGAUUCUGGACCAGCACGACUGCGCCGAGCCAGCCAUUCAAUCCAGCACUUCCAGUCCUCUUAAAGCCAUUUUUCGAACGGUACGGUGAUGACGGGGUCCAGGAACCCCGAGACGAACAUUACAUGCUGCAUGAGGAAUACGAGGAGACGUACGCAGCGCAAUUUAGCUACGAAUUCGGGCUGACUAAAGACACCAAGCUCCGUGAUGUGUCCGAAACACCCAUCAACUAUGAUGUCAGUGAUUACUACUUUGACCCCCAGCUAGGGUUGGGCAUCCACAAGGAGAUCGGACUUGUGGUGGUGUUCCACCGAGACCCCCGGAAAAACUAUAUCAUCCGGUCGCUUUUAUUUGAGAGGUACGCACAGGCCAUCAUGUGCAAGAUGACACUGUUCCGCGGGGCCUUGCAGUUGCUGCGGGCCAAGGACGAGCUCAGUCUGAAGCUUGUGCUCAGUUGCGAGAUGGGUGAGCCAGGACUCGAACACGCCCGCGGCAAGCUCAGUCCACAAUGCAUGCCGCUCCAGGCCGUGCCCAUCCACUUUGGUUUUGGCUGCGGCUGCGGCAUCAUCAGAAGAAGGUAUGGCGAGUUGAGUCGCCACUCAUGCAUCCAACGGGACUCGAUCCGACCCAUGGCGUUCCAAAAGUUCCCGCAGAGGUAUGGUCUCCGGCCUGCCAACUUUGAGGUUUAUUGUCCCACCGACGACGGCUAUGUGGAGGCCCGCGCCAGGGAUGGUCCUGCGUCGUCGUCGUCGUCGUCGUCGUCGUCGUCGUCGUCGUCGUCAUUAUCAGGGACUGCGACAACCGUCCAGAACCACCUGCGGACAACCACUGUGCCCGACCUGCAGCACCAUCCGUUGGUGAAAAAGAUUCUCCAGGAGGUGGACCGAGAAAUAGUGGACAUCCAGGUCAAAGGUAUGAAGGAGGCCAAUUUUGUUCCAAAGAUAGCCCAGCUCUUGGUGGGUGCCAUGACACUUUUCAGCGCCAACAUCAACCAUGUCAAUCUUGCGGGACUCGAAGUGGUGCGACUUUUCAAAGGCGCCGCCAAUAACACCGGGCGCGCCUCCAAUAACUUUAACCGCCGCCCAUCUACGUAUUUCCGCGCAGUCCAGACAUACCUGACGUGCGUGCAGUACAGCAAGUACAUGGCCGAGCUAGUAUACAUGGUAUUGAUGUAUGGACCCAAACCUGCGGCCUCCUUGGCGCUCACUGAGAUGCUUGAUAAGUAUAGAGACGAUGAAGUUGUGUUGGAGGUCAAUUCCCGUGAUUAUCACAAUUUGACAGGCUACUCGCAGUUCAUCACGGCCGAGGAGCGCACGCGGAUCUUGGACCAGACGUUUACCGAGUCGUCCCUUCGCGACAUCGACCAGCUCGUGCAUUGGAUCAUGGACCACUGCAUAAGAAAGGAGUUCGACGAAAACCUUUCUGUGGCGGGGGAUGAGCAGCAGCAGCAGCCAGAUAUCGAUAUUGAGAGUGAUGCCAUAGCCGCGGGUAUCUUGGAUGAGGACGGCGACGACAACAAUGAAACCCCAGAGGUGUAUUUGGAGGCCAUGAACACAACAAUGUCGUCCUCGCAGCAGCAAACAGCUGCUGAGUCUUUGGCCAGUUUGUACUAUCCGGUCUAUGGCGUCAACAAUAAUGCCGAAGAAGAAGAAGAACAAAAUACGUCAAACGAAAAUGCGUUUGUGGUGUACCUCGGGUACCUAGGGGCUAAGUAUCCGACCAAGCAGUAUUGCCGGUCGUUGAGCGGAAUAUGCUAUGUGGCCAAGACGUGUGUUUUGUUGGAUAUCAUCAAACGGGCGCGCACCCGCCGCGUAUCGCUUCGAGACGCUGAGGAUCCGUCUGUUGUGGACACCGGUCUGUACCGCAUAUUGGCCCAGGUGCGCACCCAUUAUACAUAUCUCGGGCUAUCGUUGGCUCGAAGCGAGGGUAAUCUCUUUCGCCUCAACUUUUCCACGGGAGACAUCUUCAACAGCGACAACGUGGUUGUGGGCCACACGAAUAUGAUCAGCAAGAUAUUCGGCCGGUUGUACGACCUUGCACAGGAAACCAUCCAGGAUUUGUCGAAUGGUGAAGAAUUGGACUACUCCGUUGACAACGCUCGGCUCAGCGACGGGAUGGUUUCGUUUACGGAGUGCGUGAGAGUACCGCUGUAUUCGCGAUAUAAGCACCGAUUGCUCUCGAUCCAUAACAACAACAUCGACCUGUUCCGGAAAGCACACACCAACUUGUCGCUCAUCCUCAUCACGCUCCUCCAUAUCCUGUGCUUGCCGGCACGGUCAACUGAGAUCGACCGAUUAUCGGUGGAGGGCACGUCCAAGGAGUAUCGGGGUGUGUACUUUCUUGGCCCCACGUUUGGGUUUUGCUAUAACUAUAACAAGUCGGCCAAUUCGAAAGACCCCAUCAUCCGGGAAAUCGGUCCUGAAUUGUCGUCGUUGUUUUUGUGGUAUGUGCUCGUCUUCAGGCGGAUGUACGUGGAGCUGUCGCGUGUGGAGAGCAGUGAGAAGUUGUACCAGUUUGAUGCGAUGCUGCCGGACAAGAUCCGGAGAGGAGUCCUGUAUUGGUUCACGUACGGCAUGAAUAACCAGCGCGAGUAUAAGUUCUGUGAGGUGCGCCAGAUCCUCAAGCGGUGCAUCGAGUUCCAUUACACCAAAAGCGUGACAGCAGAUCUCGACAUGUACCGUCUGGUUUACGAGACCAUUGCGCGGACCCUGGGCCAUUCGGUGGCCACGUCCACGGAGCAUUACGGGACGAUUGCGAAUUAUCCGCCAUCAGUCAACGCCGCCGAUGUGCUCCGGUCCCGUCAUUUGGGCCAGGUCUGGCAUCGGCUGGGGUUGCGUCGGAAGUUUAUCGGUUUCGAGGGUGAGGUUGUUGAGCCGGAGGGUGAGCCGGGUGAUGUGGAUGACGUGGCAUCUGAUGUUUCAAUUGACCCGGCUAGCCCUGUCAAUGAAGAGGUUGAGGAAGUUGAACCCUUGCGUGAUGAUAUUGGCGGGAAUCCUGUUUAUGCAGAUGACGAGGUUGAUUCUAUUUCGGAUAUGCUUAUGGAAAUUCCUCGCAUAGAUUAUAAUAGGGCUGUAGGCUCUGAUCCUACGCCUGUUCCUCCGCUUGAACCUUCUGCUGUUCCACCUUCUGAACCUCCAGCUCCUUCUCGUUCAGUCCCUGUUUCAGCUCCCGACGCCCCUCCAGUGUCUGUUUCGUGGAACGAUUCGAGCCUCUCCCCAAACCACGCUUCGUCCCCUUAUGUUCACCAGCUCCCAGGUUAUCGUCCUCCCUUCUCACCUCCCUACCACCACGCUCCUGUAUCUUCUGGGUUUGCUUUACCUCCGCAAGAUGCAUAUCUAGGCGCGCCGUUAUAUGAUGCGCAUGUGUCUCGAGAAGUGCUUCUGGGAGCGAGAAAACGCCAUAGUCGAGAAAAAAAGGAAAGAAAAGAGAGAAAAAUGGAAAGGAAGAGGAAGGAGAAAGAAAGGAUCAGUAAAAGAGAGGAAGAUAUCAGGAAAAGAGAGGAAAAGAUCAGAAAAAGAGAGGAGAAAGAAAAGAUAAGGAAAAGAGAGAAGAGAGAGAAAAGGGAACGAAAACGGGCAGAGGAGAAACGAGAAAAAGAAAGUGCAGCCCUAGCUUCUCCUGUCACCCCAGUCAGGACCCUAAAAGUCAAAGACGUCCAUCUAUAUCUGUCUGCAACGAGUGGACGGUUAUUCCGUAGAGAAAGCCCAUCAGGCCCCUCAGGCCCCUCAAGUCCUCGAGCCAUGCCAUCGGGUCCCCCAACGCCGAAUCUGAGUGCCAGGCGGGUGCACCCCCUUAUCUAUCAAUCGAGCACGCAAAGCCUGGCCGUUCCUGGGUCUUCCCACCCAACGCGCGUGCAAAAGCAGCCAAAGCAGCCUCCCAGCGCGCGCUCUUUAGGAUCGCCUCCCUCGUUUCCCGAGACGCCGCGCCGGUCCUUGCUUUCUCCCCAGCAUCUCCGCCAAAGAAUAACGGAGAGUUUGCAGGCAUCGCCGUUGGGAAGGUUCUUUGCUCCGUCAGAUUCCCCUAAAAGCGUUGCUCGGAAAGGGCCCAAGAUCCCUAAGAAUGAUCCUGUGGUAGAUGAUCUGGAUUAUCUGGAGCUGGAUUAUCUGGAUGAAGAUUAG